UAGGAAACAAUCACAUGCAGUCCACGGGAGAACAUGCGAAAACAUUUGCGGGGAUCAACACGGUUCCACGUAGACAUACUCAACCAAAUCGCCAAUGUAGCCAAAGUUGACUGCUAACUUGCCGGAUGAAGGUGUUUCGUAGCCUAUAGACUAGGGCUAGACAGCUAUUAUCUCAGGUAGCUUCGGGGUGACCGCUGGUCUCAACACAAUAACGAAACUGUUCCCGAAAGUUACAUUUGGGUGAGUCAAUAACAUCGAUAGUAAGAGUCUGCUUGCCUUUUGCUUAUCGGUCCUCUGUUGGUAGCAAUAGUAGUAGUGUAAUUUCAUUUGAAUUAUGGACUGCAUUUGAAUGAAGUUGUAUCGGGCUUUAAGUUAACUGAUUAGCCUAGUUUAGUCACAGCAUACACGAUGGCAUACAUUCAAAUAACCAAUAGUCGGGGAGGGAAGUGUCUUAUAUUAGACGAAUACCGAUACUUGCGGAACAAAUGCCGAAAUGACAUGUACUGGCGUUGCGCCCAACCCGGAUGCAAAGCCUACAUGAAAACAAAUACCUUUGACGUGAACGGGGACGAUCCCGACAUCACUGUGAUCAAAAAAUCUGGCCAACAUAGCCAUGCAGCGGAGGCGGAUUUAGUGGCAACCACUGCUCUGAAAGAGCAGAUGCUCAUGCUGGUGGCCGCGGACCCGUCCCGCCCAUCCAAGCGAGUUUAUGACCAGGUCUUGGCCCAGGCGGCGGAUGUGGCGGCUAUGCCUCCAUUUCAGGCGGUCAGGACGAGGUUGGAGAGGAAGAGAGCUAUUCUCAAAAACCUGCCGGAGGUGGCCGCGGAAGGGCAAUGGGCCGAGACGCAGGACGGCGAGGAUUUGAGAUUACAGAGAGCACACAAGCAAUUGAACUGCCCUGAAUGGGAUCAUCUUUGUUCAGCUAACAUGGAUCUCGAACCUGAAACACACCAUGUUGACCCGAGUGUGAUGGUGAAAGAGGAAGAUGUAAAAGAUGAGGAGUAUGGCCAUGUGAUUGCAGGUCCAGAUGAAGAAGAAAAGCCGUUUGCAGAGCUUCCCUUUAAAACUGAAACAGAAGUCACAGAGUCCAACGUUAGUGGCAGUGAAACGCAACAGACAAUAGCAGAGAUUGAAGUGAAGAUUGAAGAAGAUGAUGAACAAGAACACAAUUAUCUGCUGCAAAUGAACACACAGCAAGAAGAUAUAAAAGAGGAGGACUACGGCCAUAUGAUUGCAGGUCCAGAUGAAGAAGAAAAGCCAUUUGCAGAGCUUCCCUGUAGAACUGAAACAGACUGUAAACCUGAAGCAGACGUCACAGAGUCACCAAGGUCUACUUACAAUGAAAUGACAACUGUGAAGACUGAAGUGAAGAAAGAGGAAGAGGAACAACAACAUGACGAGCUUGGCUGUGUGUCAGAACACCCAGACAUCACGCUGCAGAAGACACAUGGACAGAAUGAUGACUUCAACCUGAAACUCAGAGGAAGACUGCACCACUGCACAGUCUGCAGGAAGAGCUUCACAACCCUGAGCGAACUCAAGCACCACCAGCAGACACACUCUCUUGGCAUGAAUCAAAAACUGAACACGGACAAAAAUGAAUGCGACCACUGGAAGCCUUAUAGAUGCACCAAGUUCGGAAAAGCAUCAGACGUCACACUAUAA